AUGGACGAACACUGUCUGUGUACAAAAGAUACUGGAAAAACAUUCAUUAGAGCUAAUGGGAGUGAUUGUACUGCAAUCGACUAUAUACUUUUUCAAGAAACUUUUAAAGAAUCAAUCAUUAAUAUUAGGAAAUGUGAUUUAGUUGGGAAUGUUUCUGACCAUUAUCCUCUUCUAUUGUCUUUGGAUUUCAAAACAACUAAGAGUUCAAAUACGAAAACAGAAUUUAAGACUAAAUUGAAAGUUAAAUGGGAUAAAGCAGACUUGUUGAAGUACACUGAGAUAAUUAAUGAGGGACUUAUUACAUCUCUAAAAGUUAUAAAUACAAAAGAUGAUAUAGAAACAGGUUUUCAUGAUAUAACAGCUGUAAUAACAAAAGCCACCAAUGAGAUAGCACAAAAACCAAAAAUUCGAAAGAAUAAACCAAAAUUAAAAGUAAUGUCUGACGAAAUUUUAAAAGCUAUUAAGAAUAAGAAAUCAGCAUUUUAUUAUUGGAAAGCAAAUGGACGGCCAACUGAUUGCUUAGAUCCUUUUCUACUUGAAAAGAAAAUUACAACACAGGAACUGAGAAAAACUUGUAGAUUGGAAAUUGCACAAAAACGCAUGCAAGAAAGAAACGAAAUUAUUGAAGCAAGUUCAUCAAACAAAACUCUCUUCUAUAAACUUAUCAACAAGCAACGUGGAAAACUAUCUAGACGUAUAGAUGAGCUGAAUGUAGGUGACAACAUUUAUAACACUCCAGAGCAAAUAAUGGAGGGGUGGAAAAUACAUUUUGGUCAACUAGCAGAAAACACUCUUGAUGAAAAUUUUGAUUCCAAUUAUUUAAAGAAUACUGAAAAUGAAUAUAAAAACAUCAUUGAACUCUGCAGUGAGCAAUUUAUUCAUGUUAAUGUAACACAGGAAGAAAUUUUAAAAGCUAUAAACAGUCUGAACCGAAACAAGGCAGCAGAUUUCUAUGGCAUUACAGCUGAGAAUAUUAUCCACGGCGGUGCCAACCUUUUAACAUACUUACAAGCUUUAAUCAACAAAUCAUUUGAAAAACAUUUUAUUCCUGAUUCACUCAAAAUUGGAACCCUCUUUCCGGUAUUUAAAAAUAAAGGAGAAUGUAAAAAUGCAAAAAACUACAGAGGAAUUACUGUAACACCAACAUUCUAA